AAGCAGGUUCGACUUCCCAAUACACGCAGUUCUUGUUCGGACCAGGUUCGACUUCCCAGUACACGCAGUUCAUCUCAGACCAGAUCGGGAUUCGUAUGACAGUUUCUGCGACAGCAUCGAGCAGUUGUGCGUGCCCGUGCAAGUGUCCGCUGGACCUCCUCGUGGAACGGUGCGCCGCGGCCCUCGAUGGCUCGCACAGUAGACGGGUCGUGAUGGCUGCCUCGGUCGUCAACGCUUCUGACUUCGUGCUGGUCCUCUUCCCCGAUUGCGAGCAGCUCUGCGCGAGUGCUCGUGCUGCUCGGGAGGUCUCGACUCCCUCCGACACUCAGCAGUGGGACGACUUGCUUUUGGACAGACGGGCGCUGGAGGAAGAUCCAGCUACUGCAGCGGAGCCGCGAAGAAAGAGCGUCGGCCUCGUGGUGUACGUCGUUGGUGACACGACGGCGACGGCGGACGAGGAGGACGGGCCACGACGCGGCGGCGACGGCGACGACUGCCGCUUCCACGGCGGCCUCUGCGCCCAGGAGGGCCUCAGCCGGCAGGGGCACUCCCAUCUCAUUACUGGAGACUCUUCUGUGCAACAGCUGAUCGACGCUCAGAACAACACGAUUGCUUUGUUGAUCCAGGAGCUGGAGCAGCUGAGGACGGUGGCCCUUCCUAAUAUCUCUUUUUCGGUGCUGCAGGCCUACGUGGAUGACAAAACUGCUGCAGUGUCGGCGCAGGUCACCCAGCUGCAAGCUGAACUCGCCAGAGCGGUCGAGGCUUCGCUCAGCCGUCGGCUGCCGCCUAAGCUCGAGGAAAUGAAGUCACACAUUCUGGACGCUGCCAGCCUAUCUUUGCAGUCUCCUUUGGACACUCUGAAGCAGGAGCUGUGCGACAGUUUCACGACUCAUCAGCGAUCUCUGGGCGACCAAUGUCUGUCUGCUGUGAGUGCCGCUUCUGCGAAGAUUCUAGACACACUGGAGAGGAAGGUCCAGGCUCUUGAGACCAAAUUUGGGAAUGUGGCGCCUCAAGUUCCCUGGAGUGACCGGGUCAAGGGCGAUGGCCCCGUGUCCCUUCCCGAGUGCCAGGGCGACCAUUUCCAGGUGGGUGACUUGGUGCGCCCGCACAGCCUCGCUACGUCGGCUCUGAAUGGGCUGGUGGGCUGCGUCCGUGGCUUCGUCGGAGAGAGGGUUCAGGUGGAGUUCUUAGGUAUCGACGGCUGCAAGCUGAUUAAACCAGCCUUCCUGGUCGCAGAUUCGGGCUGGCCAGCCGAGGCCGCACACAAGAAGGCUGCCCCACUGUGGCUGGCGCCCGCCGGGGCAGGUGCGGAGCACAGCUUUUCCAGCCCGACGUCGCCGCUGCAUCGCUGCGGCGCGGCGCAGGGGGCCUCCAGCGCCAGAAAGGUGAGCUUCGGCGCGGCGCCCACCGGCACCGCCCCCGAGGACGACGAGCCCAAGGACGCCGUCGCGCUCUCGGGCGCCGGCGAGCCGGAGGACCUGGAGGACGAAGACGUGCUGGCGCCGUUGGGCAUGCCGAGGCAGACCAGCAGCACCGGCAUGCGGCGCAGCUGCAGCCGCCAUCUGGUCACGGACGAGCUAGGGCUGCUGAACGCCAACAUGAGCCGCACCCCCAGCAUGAUGCUCAUCGACAUCGCGCAGCUGGACCAGGACUGCCACGACCACGAAGCCGAGCUUGAGCAGCUCCAGGAGCAGGAGAAAGAGCGCCAGAGGCUGAACGUCCUGCAGCGGCGACUGAACAGCGGGUGCCUGUUGGAGGCUAUGGCGGAAAUCACUAACUUCGCCGACAAGUCCAACAUCGUCUUGUUGCAAGGGUUCAACUGGGAGAGCUGGCGCGCCGGCAGCGGGGACUGGUACGGCGUCGUGGAGUCGAAGGUGGGUAUCCUCGAGGAGAUGGGCGUCACCGACAUCUGGCUGCCGCCACCCUCGCAGUCGGUGGCGCCCCAGGGCUACCUCCCCUCGCGGCUCUUCGACCUGGACGGCAGCAAGUACGGCACGCAGGCGUCCCUAGAGGGCCUGAUCACGAAGCUGCACCAGGCUGGGAUUCGUGCUGUCGCUGAUAUUGUUGUGAACCAUCGAUGUGGUGACAAGCAAGACAGCGAGGGGCGCUGGAACCAGUUCUCGUCGGGCAUGACCAAGAGGCAGAGCUUCGUCGGCGUCAUGGACUGGGGCGGCUGGGCCAUCACGCUUGGCGACCAGUUCUCUGACGGCUCGGGCCAGAACGCUCCGGGUGCUUACGACGGGAAGUUCGACGCCGCACCCGACAUUGAUCAUCGCAACAAGCACGUGCAGGACGGCAUCAGCAUAUGGCUGCGGUGGCUGCGGCUGCAGGUCGGCUUCGACGCCUGGCGGUUCGACUUCGUCAAGGGAUACUCGGCCGAGUUCGUGGGGCAGUACUGCAAGAGAAGCAAUCCAGCGUGGGCCGUCGGCGAGCUGUGGGGCGACAUGGCGUACGACGAGAGCGGGCUGAAGCCGAAUCAGGACAAGCACAGGCAGGACCUCGUGAACUGGAUCAACGCGACCGACAAGAGGG